AUGUCUCCUAUUCCUCGGCAUGCUGUAAAGCUCACACAGAGAAUCCGCAAUCCUACUCUGCGUAAUCUCACCCUAAGUCUCAUCGAAGAGGCUUCUCAGAAGCCUGACCUAGCCCACUUCACUAUCGCCAUCCUCAAGUAA